GGGGAGGCCUCGGGCUGGGGUCUGCGUUUCGUGAAGGAUUGCGGGAAAGAGCAGCACAGGGCGGCAGCGGGCCUUCGCUGGAGUUUGAGGGGCGGCCGGGUUCCUGGAGGUCUCCGGGACCUGCUCUCGGCCUGCCCUCCCUCUGACCCGGUCUCAGCACGAUUUUUACCCCAGGCCAGGCCUCCUGUGUCCCCUCUUCUAGAGACUUACAUAUCUCACAUGUGUUUAACUCAUUUUAAAGUUGAGAAAGUACACUUGGGACUGGACACAAAUGCAUCAGUCAGGAGAAAGAACCAGUUCUGCAGGUGUCUUCAGAGAAAGCAAGACUGACAGCUGUGGUCACACACUGCAGUGUUAACAGCAGAUUUCAUGGACUGGAAGUGCUUGUUCAUACCUGAUCUAAUGUUUCUCUAUUUGUAACUGCCUGUUGACCUUCUGAGUGGGAGCCUGAAUUGUUUCCAUCAUGCCCACGGUGGUGGUAAUGGAUGUAUCCCUUUCCAUGACCCGACCUGUGUCUGUCGAGGGGUCUGAGGAAUACCAGCGGAAGCACCUGGCAGCCCACGGCUUGACAAUGCUGUUUGAGCACAUGGCCACAAACUACAAGCUUGAAUUUACAGCACUCGUGGUUUUUUCAUCACUUUGGGAGCUGAUGGUCCCUUUCACAAGAGAUUAUAACACCCUACAGGAAGCACUGAGUAACAUGGAUGAUUAUGACAAAACCUGCUUGGAGUCUGCAUUAGUUGGUGUUUGCAAUAUUGUUCAGCAAGAAUGGGGUGGUACAAUUCCCUGCCAGGUUGUUCUGGUGACUGACGGCUGUCUUGGCAUUGGUAGGGGAUCACUGCGACAUUCUCUAGCUACUCAAAAUCAAAGGAGUGAGAGCAACAGAUUCCCACUCCCUUUUCCCUUCCCAUCUAAGUUAUACAUCAUGUGCAUGGCAAACUUGGAAGAGCUUCAGAGCACUGAUUCCUUAGAAUGCCUUGAACGACUCAUAGACUUAAACAAUGGUGAAGGGCAAAUUUUUACUAUUGAUGGCCCCUUGUGCUUGAAAAAUGUACAGUCUAUGUUUGGAAAGCUGAUAGAUCUGGCAUAUACGCCUUUCCAUGCUGUUCUCAAAUGUGGCCACUUGACUGCUGAUGUACAAGUCUUCCCCAGACCAGAGCCUUUUGUUAUAGAUGAAGAAAUUGAUCCUAUCCCUAAAGUCAUUAACACAGAUUUGGAAAUAGUAGGAUUUAUUGACAUAGCUGAUAUUUCAAGUCCCCCAGUUUUGUCCAGGCAUUUGGUAUUACCUAUAGCACUUAACAAAGAGGGUGAUGAGAUGGGUACUGGCAUCACUGAUGACAAUGAAGAUGAAAAUUCAGCCAAUCAAAUUGCAGGCAAAAUCCCCAACUUCUGUGUUCUGCUCCAUGGCAGCCUGAAAGUGGAAGGAAUGGUAGCCAUUGUUCAGUUGGGUCCUGAAUGGCAUGGAAUGCUCUACUCCCAGGCUGACAGCAAGAAGAAAUCAAACCUCAUGAUGUCACUCUUUGAGCCUGGCCCAGAACCUCUCCCAUGGCUAGGGAAAAUGGCACAGUUGGGUCCUAUUUCAGAUGCUAAAGAAAACCCUUAUGGUGAGGACGACAAUAAAAGCCCAUUCCCCCUGCAACCCAAAAACAAGCGCAGUUAUGCCCAGAAUGUGACUGUCUGGAUCAAACCUAGUGGCCUGCAGACGGAUGUACAGAAGAUUUUAAGAAAUGCAAGGAAGCUCCCUGAAAAAACACAGACAUUCUAUAAGGAGCUGAACCGUCUACGAAAGGCUGCUCUGGCCUUUGGUUUCCUGGAUCUGCUCAAAGGGGUGGCCGACAUGCUAGAGAGGGAGUGCACUCUGCUGCCUGACACAGCUCACCCCGAUGCAGCAUUCCAGCUCACCCACGCAGCCCAGCAGCUCAAGCUGGCCAGCACGGGCACCUCAGAGUAUGCUGCUUAUGACCAUAAUAUUACACCCCUGCAUACAGACUUCUCAGGGAGCAGUACUGAAAGAAUGUGAUGCUGACUUUUGGAGUCUUCCUUCUCUGUUCAUUUCAUCUGAAAAUUAUUUAGAGUGAAAACCUUUCCAGGAUGUUCACCUCUUGAACAGCCACCCAAAGGCCUUGCGGCUGCCUCAAAAACAACAUUUGCUAGUUUGAUGCCUCUGCAACAGUCUGAGAAAGGUCUUAAAGAGUGGUUGGCUAGGACUGUAACUGCAGCUACAUGGGACUCAGUCAUUAAGCCCAGAAGACAUCCUUGCUCCCAUGAUGGAACAGCUCCUGAGAAGCUUGGACAAUUGAUGAGGACAGACCUCCCUUGUCUUCCUUGGGAAGCCUGACCAGCAAGGGCUUUCUGACUUCCUCAAACUGACUUUUCUCUAGGCUUAUGUCUCAACUAGAAGGACAUUUUUAAACUACUGUGCUUAGGAUGAGCAGUCAAGACUGUCUGGGGCUUGCUACGUACAAACCCAAUUCCACUAAGUUUUAGAACUUUCCUUAGAACUUGUUAAAUACAGUGGAACAUUAAGGUGAUUUCAGUAUAUUUUGAGCUACAAACUUUUAAACAGCAACCACAAAUGUGUAAAAUUAUUUCUAUUCAUUUUUUUAAUGAAAAUGAAGUACUUGAUUUUCUAUAAAAUGAUUUCACUUAGAAACAAAUAGUCUUUUGGUUUGUUCUGUCACUUGAAUAGAAUGCAGCAUUCAAUGUGUCAGAUUCCCAAGUAAUGAAAUUUCUUGGGUUCCAUACUGACUUCUGGUCCUAACACUGUUCAAACCAGGUUCUAGCCAGCAGUGCUGUCCCAGUGGCUUUGUGACUGUCCUCAGCACUCCAUCAGGUUUCGACCAGAGCAACUGCUUUUGGUUUAACAUGCCAAACACAAACAAUACUUUGCCUGAACAAAAUGCUUUAUCUAUUUGAAAGUUAGAAAAUAAUCUUUAAACACAAGUUAUUAGUAUUUUGAUGGUAAAUAUAUUUUAAUAGAAAUACACAAUCUUUCACUUUCUCAGCAACAAAGGGGAUCCUAAAAAGCUCUAAGAACAUGGGAUUUUGCACAAGGAUGCAGCACAGUUUGCUGCAAAGCUGACUUGCCCAGUCCCACAGCCAGCUGAAAGAACAUUAGAAGUCAAUACCAACAAUUGUUGACAAGCUGCAGACUUGGAAAAUACCCUUCAGUGGUUUAUGUCAAACAAGCCAGUUAAUGCUGAUCAGCUGCUUCAGGUCAAAGUGUCCACCCUGGGCUCAGUGAGGCAGCACCAACUCAAGUUUCCUUUCCCCAAGAGCAGAGGGCAUGACAGAGUGGAAAAUCACUAGGCCUUAAGCUCUCUUUUCCAAAUGUCACUAACUCACUUUCCUUGGUUUACAUGGAAUGUGAUAGAAGAAACUGAUGUAUUGUACAGUGACCAACAUAAGGUCUAGAUUGAGCCCCUCCUCUGGUGGGUUUCCUGCAGGAAUCCUUAUUAAAGGCUCAGCUGGUCAUUCCUCACCUCAGGUUCCCUGUGUACAGGGGACUACUGUAGACAGGUUAAAAAAAAAAAAA